AUGGACAAUGAAGAUACUUCGGGAUAUACCCGGGCUUUGGAAAACCGCAUUGCAUACUUAGAAAGUAAGCUUGGGGAGCAGUCUGGAAACAAAAUCGCAGAUGAAUCCGCCUCGGCAACCAGUACUAGCCACGUCUUGCACUCGAAUAUCCCCGCUGAAUCGCAAACCCCAGACAGCAACCAAAUGAGUUUUUCUAGCAGUGCUAGUAACUUGGGAGAAAUCGUCGGAUUUCUGUCUCUCGGCCGUGCCGAGUCUCUAACCUAUGUAGGCUCCAGCUCCGGGUUGCCAUUAGCGGUCAACCUGGGGGAAAUGGUUCGCGCGACUGUCAUGGCUGAUGUGUUUCCCUCUUCUCCAGUGGCCAACUCUGGAGGAGGAACGCCAGGCCAGACCAAUAAAGACAGUACCGGAGCUCAUCGGACGAUCAGACUAAACGACUUGCUGAAACAUCGUGCCGAUCCCCCAAAUGACGAAAUGGGCUCGCGAAUAAUCGAGGCCUACCUGGGUCGCAUCCACCCUCGGUAUCCUUUCCUUGACCGAGAUGAACUUUGGCGGCUUCAUGAAGACAGAUGGCGGCUAGCCAAGACAAAGCCCGAAGAUCUGUCGCGGAAUGAGCGCUUUGGAACGUUCAGACUGUACAUGGCAUACGCUAUUGCUGCAACCAUGAUGCAGCUCAGUGAGAAGUACACUUAUACUGCUCCUGGAAAAUUCUAUGUGACUGCGAUUCCACAUGUAGCAGCUGCGUGCGAAACAAGCUCAACCCAAAACAUUGAAGCGAUGCUACUUUUAGUUAUCUAUCAUAUGCGAUCUGCAACAAGCCAUGGUUUGUGGUACAUGAUCGGACUGGCGAUGCGAACUUGCGUUGAGCUUGGUCUACAUCGGAGAACUACGACGGAGAAUUUGGACCCAUUUAGUAUUCAACUUCGCCGGCGCUUGUUCUGGACGGUGUAUUACCUAGAAAGGGCAAUCUCUAUGUCACUUGGGCGGCCGUGUAGUAUCAGCGAUCGCCACAUCGAUGUUGAUCUGCCCCUUGACGUGGAUGAUUAUGUUCGAGAUCCAGUUACACUGAACUCUCUACAGCCCUCUACAAAAACCACUACUCUAUCACUUUUUCACGCCAUUCUCAGUAUACGGCGGAUUGAAUCCAGGAUUCAGCAUUCUAUAUACCGGACUGAUCGGCCUCUACAGGAGCUGAGACCGAAAAUGGACAAGAUAUAUCGCCAGCUAGAGGCAUGGAAAGCCUCGGCGAUGCCCCGUUUUAAAGAUGACCUAGAGUAUCCAUUACUACAUUAUUACAGGGCAGUCCGGCUUCUCAUCCAACCAUUCCUACCCUUACUGCCAGUGACCGAUCCUUAUUACCAUAUCUGCAUUCGGGCAGCAGGUGACAUAUGUCAGGCUCAUAAGAAAUUGCACCAAACUCUAGAGUAUGGUCACUCGUUUCUAGCUGUGCAAACUGUGUUUGUCGCAGGUAUUACGUUACUAUAUGCUCUUUGGACCAAUACCGAGAAAGUAUGGUCGGUCCAGAUGAGCAACGAUAUCCGAGCGUGUUCCACAGUAUUGUUUGUGAUAACCGAGCGCGCCCCAUGGGUCAAACGAUAUCGCGAUUCAUUUGAGCUCUUAGUGAAUGCUACCAUGGAGAAACUGCAGGGGAAUGAGGCGGCGACGGCCUCCGGAAUGACCGGCAUGAUGGUCGCGCAGAGCUACGGAAACCCUAUAAUCCAGAACACUGGACGCCCAGUCCCUACGGCGAUGGAUUCUGUGACUCCAAACAUGGCGACCGGAUUGGCAGUGCCUCAAGCUGCGAUUCCCCAGGACCCUUUCCAAUCUCAAUUCCAAUUUGAUAUUGAUGAAGAUGCCAUGCGAAUGGCCAUGGAGCUAGCUCCGUGGAUGGACCAGCCUCUUGAGGGAGCCAGUACCCCUCUCUGGAUGCCUGAUUUUGAUACACUCCAGAAUCUGGCCGGCCCUUACCAGUACUAUGGUAUCACCAUGGCCGACGAUCACAAGAAAAACCCAGUGCUGCCGCUGGACGAAACAAUCUCGAGCCUUCCACCUCUUGUGCCGUCAACAAAUCUAGCCGCAGAAAUCCAGCAGUCCCCCCGCGACAAACUUCCUGUGCUUGUUGUUCUAGACGAUGAUCCGACAGGAACACAGACAUGCCACGGCAUCAACGUCCUUACGGUGUGGGAUGCUGCAACCCUUGAAGCCGAAUUUCAGAGCGGAACGCGUGGCUUCUUCAUACUCACCAAUUCCAGAGCAUUACCCACGCCACAGGCACGAGAUCUGAUCCAUGAAAUCGGCACAGCUGUCAAGAAUGCAGCCACGAAAACAAACAAGGCGUUUGAGUUUGUUCUUCGCGGGGACUCGACACUUCGUGGCCAUUUCCCAGACGAGCCCGAGGUAACAGAAGAAGUCGCCGGUCAAGCAGAUGCUUGGAUCUUAGCCCCUUUCUUCAGACAAGGCGGUCGUUACACUAUUAAUAAUGUCCACUAUGUCCUGGAAGGAGGUAGUAAACUAGUCCCUGCGGCACAGACGCCAUUUGCAAAGGACGCGACGUUUGGCUAUAAGAAUUCCAACCUUGUCGAUUAUGUGGUGGAGAAAUCCAAGGGCAAGAUUUCUGCCGAUCGCGUCAAGUCGAUCUCUCUGGAAGAUAUUCGGGUUGGAGGGCAAGAUGCUGUUGCGAAAAAGCUCCUAGGGCUCGAAAAGGGAUCUGUCGUUGUUCUCAAUGCGGUGGUAGACACGGAUAUGGAGGUCGCCGUGCAAGGACUACUCCAAGCCACGACGUCGGGCAAGAGAUACCUGUACCGGACAGGCGCAGCCUUUGUAUCGACAAGACUCGGUAUCGAGCAAAUCCCACCGCUAUCUGCCACAGAACUGGGCCUGGACCGGUCACCAACCUCGCCCGGAGGUCUGAUUAUCGCCGGAUCUUACGUUCCAAAGACGACUGAACAGCUGGAAUGUCUGAUAGACGGCCGCGGCGACAAACUGAAACGAAUAGUCCUCGACGUCGAGGAAUUGCUUGCCCACAAAGACGAUCUCGAAACUGCCGUGUCGGCUGCCGUCAACCUUGCUGGCGAGCUAAUCACCAAGGGAGAAGACGUUCUCAUAAUGACAAGUCGCAAACUAAUCACCGGAGCGGAUGAACUUUCGAGUUUGAAUAUUGGAACCGUCGUUGCUGCGGCGUUGGUCCUCUUCCUUCGCCUCUUGGUUCCUCGUCCGCGAUAUGUCAUAGCUAAGGGCGGUAUUACAUCUUCCGACGCAGCAACAAAGAGCCUGGCAAUGCGUCGCGCUGAAAUCCGGGGCCAAGCAGCCUCAGGAGUCCCGCUUUGGCGGUGUACUGAGCCGACCUCCAAGUUCAGUGGUAUCACCUAUGUCGUUUUUCCAGGGAAUGUUGGAGAGAGACAUACUCUAUGGGACCUCGUGGCGAGCUGGGCAAAGCCUAGUUCUGGACAUUCAUAA